GCCUCUGAAGAGCUGAUCCAUUCGGGAUGGGAAACCAUGUGGGGAAACGGGAGUUAAACCCUGAGAAAGCCAAUACGACUGGUGAAACUAACAGAGGAGAAUCUGAAAGGAGAAACCUUGGCGAACUUUCGCAGACGACCUCAGAGGAUAACGAUGUGUUUGGAGAGGCAGAUGCGAACCAAAACAAUGGGACCUCCUCUGCGGACUCGGCGGUGACUGACUCCAAGCGCACAGCGGACCCAAAGAAUGCCUGGCAGGACGCCCACCCAGCUGACCCAGGGGGCCGCCCCCACUUGAUCCGCCUCUUUUCCCGAGAUGCCCCGGGGAGGGAGGACAACACCUUCAAAGACAGGCCUUCUGAGUCCGACGAGCUCCAGACCAUCCAAGAAGACAGUGCAGCAGCUUCCGAGGGUCUGGAUGUGAUGGCGUCACAGAAGCGACCCUCCCAGAGGCACGGUUCCAAAUACCUGGCCACAGCAAGUACCAUGGACCAUGCGCGACAUGGCUUCCUACCAAGGCACAGAGACACGGGCAUCCUUGAUUCCAUCGGGCGCUUCUUUGGUGGUGACAGGGGUGUGCCCAAGCGGAGCUCCAGCAAGGUACCCUGGCUAAAGCCGGGCCGGAGCCCUCUGCCCGCGUAUGCCCGCGGCCGGCCCGGGCUGUGCAACAUGUACAAGGACUCACACCACGCGGCAAGAACCACUCACUAUGGCUCCCUGCCCCAGAAGUCACAGCAUGGCCGUGCCCAGGACGAAAACCCUGUAGUGCACUUCUUCAAGAACAUUGUGACACCUCGCACACCUCCUCCAUCACAAGGAAAGGGGAGAGGACUGUCCCUCAGCAGAUUUAGCUGGGGAGCUGAAGGGCAGAAGCCCGGAUUCGGCUAUGGGGGCAGAGCGUCCGACUACAAAUCCACUCACAAGGGAUUCAAAGGGGCUGAUGCCCAGGGCACGCUCUCCAAAAUCUUCAAGCUGGGAGGAAGAGACAGUCGCUCUGGAUCGCCCAUGGCCAGACGCUGAAGCCCUGCCUUGAUGUUCUAGAGACCUGCCCUCAGCUUCUUAAUUUAACUGCCUUAAAACUUUAACACUUUUUGCCCUGAGUACCUAGUUAGAGCAGACACCCUCUCCCCUAAUGUCCGUUGCACUAUGCACACAGUAGGGUCAGGUCCCUGAUAUCCUACUGGCAAUUUCUGGCCGUUACAUAGAGAAAAUGAAAACAGAAAACGGUGAAACUGUCACUUUGUGUUGGAAACCGACGUUUCCUGGGGACUUCCCCAGCCAUGCGCCCCCAGACAUACGUCGGUCUUCGCAGCUGCAAGUGCACGGAUGUCCCUCCAGUUCACCCCUCCAUUCUCGGACUUCCUUUUCGUUGUGGUUGGGGCACCCCAAGCUUUGGCCAGCACUGCUAUGGAGGCGCACUCUGUAGAGACAGAGGACCAGGCGGCGGGAGGACUGUUGUGAUCCAGCUUCCUUUGGUUUUCUUUUCCUGCCCCUUCUCUCACCUCCUAAAUUAUCUUUAUUUUUCCUAACAGGAUUAGACAGUCAAGGAGUGGUUUACUACUCGAGGGAGCUUUCGGUAUGUGACAUGCGGGCCGGGCAGCUGUUAGAGUCCAACGCGGGGCAGCACAGAGAGGGGAGCACGCUCCCAGGUGGCCGCUGCUCCCGCACCCCCACUCGCUGAAUUCGUGCGUGGCAGAGAGAGGAGGAGGAGGCAGCCGUGGGCUGGGCCGUGGCCGCGCGCAGGAAACAAGGUCUUCUUGGAGAUUAGGUGAUGGCGAUGACGUGCAGGUGGCCUCUGGGUGUCACCGUCACUCCGCGUGUUAGCACCGGAGCGGCCUCUGCACACAACCUCGUUUCCAGGCCAGUGCCCACAGCCGGAGAGUCCAGGGAGACUCGCGCGUCUCGGAGCAGAGCGGUAGGAGUCCUCUGGGUGGCCUCACAGUGUCACCCUGGUCACUUUCGACACUGGGUGUGACCGGGCUGUGCCUAAUGGCAGUGCAUAUCGGCAAACACUAACCUUUCGUGAGAAGAUAACCGUUGCAGCACCUCGCCUCCUAGAGAUGACCCGUCCUUUGUGGACAGACGUAGGCACGCUCCCAUUCCUGAAUACUGACAGACGCACAGGCUGGAGUCACCAGCUGUGCGAGGGCGACCAAGAACUUUCUGGGAUCGUGCCUUCUCUAAUACCCACUGACAUUUCCUUUCGUUCCCCCUAACAUACUCAUCCUCGCCUUUUGAUUUGAGCGUGUCCAUUACAGGCCUUCCAAAGAGCCCACACUAGCAUCGUCCUCCCUUAGAACGAAGACGAGGAGUAGUCGACGUAAUGCCAAAUGCAUCUCUUAAUCCCGUUCUAAUUCUGAAUGUGUAGUGUGGGUUUAAUAUAAUGUCAAUUAAUAUAGAGCCUCCAUAAUGAGAGGGUUAAAAAAAAAAAGGAACAAAACUCCAGACACAAAACCUCCAAACUGUUCACCACAAGCCCUCUGCGUCUGGGCUGACCGUGGCUCUGUGGUCUGUACUCACAGUUGACCUCAGACAGCAACAAUGGGUCAGUGGAAAGUACACACUGUUCUUGAGUACCAAAAUAAAACAAUAAACUUUUAAUGAUAAUU